AUGAGCCUCCUCGGCUGUGGGCUUCUGCUCAGCUGGAGCCUGGGCUGGGCCAGCCUGCCCGGGGCCGCGGCGCAGUUCCCACGGGUCUGCAUGACCGUCGGCCGCCUGGUGUCCAAGGAGUGCUGCCCACCGCUGGGCGCCGAGCCCGCCAACACCUGCGGCUCCCAGCAGGGCCGGGGCCGCUGCACGGAGGUGCAGGUGGACACCAGGCCCUGGAGUGGCCCUUAUGUCCUGCGCAACCAGGAUGACCGGGAGAGGUGGCCUAGGAAGUUCUUCGACCGGACCUGCAAGUGUGCAGGAAACUUCGCCGGCUACGACUGUGGGGACUGCAAGUUCGGCUGGGCGGGUCCCAACUGCGAUCGGAAGAAACCACCAGUCAUCCGGAAGAAUAUCCAUUCAUUGACACCCCAGGAGAGGGAGCAGUUCCUGGAAGCCUUGGACCUGGCCAAGAACACCCCACAUCCCGACUAUGUGAUCACCACGCAGCACUGGCUGGGCCUGCUUGGGCCCAACAGGACCGAGCCACAGAUCGCCAACUGCAGCAUUUACGAUUUCUUUGUGUGGCUCCAUUACUAUUCUGUUAGAGAUACGCUGCUAGGACCGGGGCGCCCAUAUAAGGCCAUAGAUUUCUCGCAUCAAGGACCUGCUUUUGUCACCUGGCACCGGUACCAUUUGUUGUGGCUAGAAAGAGAUCUCCAGCGGCUCACUGGCAAUGAAUCCUUUGCUUUGCCCUACUGGAACUUUGCCACUGGGAGGAACGAGUGUGACGUGUGUACAGACCAGCUCCUGGGGGCAGCGAGACAAGAUGACCCAACGCUGAUUAGUGUGAACUCCAGAUUUUCCAACUGGGAGAUUGUCUGUGACAGCUUAGAUGACUACAACCAGCACGUCACGCUAUGCAAUGGCACCUAUGAAGGUUUGCUGAGAAGAAAUCAAGUGGGCAGAAACAACGAGAAAUUGCCAACCUUAAAAGACAUUCAAGAUUGCCUGUCUCUCAACAAGUUUGACAAUCCUCCUUUCUUCCAGAACUCUACCUUCAGCUUCAGAACAAAGGAUAACACUGAAGAAGAGGAGAAGGGAUACUGGGUACUUCAUUCCUUCACUGAUGCCAUUUUUGAUGAGUGGAUGAAAAGAUUUAACCCAUCUGUGGAGGCCUGGCCACAGGAACUGGCGCCCAUCGGUCACAAUCGGCUGUAUAACAUGGUUCCCUUCUUCCCUCCGGUGACCAAUGAGGAAUUCUUUUUAACCGCAGACCAACUUGGCUACAGCUAUGCCAUUGAUUUGCCAGUUUCAGUUGAAGAAACUUCCAGUUGGACAACAACUCUCUCUGUGGUUCUGGGAGUGUUGGUGGCUUUGGUUGGUCUUUCUGUAUUGCUGGUUUUCCUGCAGUAUAGAAGACUCCGAAAAGGAUAUGCACCGCUCGUGGAAACACGGCUUCACAAGAGAUACACAGAAGAAGCGUAG